AUGGCAGACGAGAAAGAGAAGGUUGAAGAGAGAGAAUCCUGGGGAAACAAAUUCCAAUUCUUGCUGUCCUGUGUGGGCUACUCUGUCAGCCUUGGAACCGUCUGGAGGUUCCCCUACCUCUGCUACAGGAAUGGAGGAGCCACGUUCCUCAUCCCCUAUCUGAUAAUGCUGGUGGUGGUAGGGAUGCCGAUGUUAUUCAUGGAGCUGGCUCUUGGCCAGUUCGCCUCUGAGGGACCGAUCACUGUGUGGAAGCUCUCUCCUGCAUUCCAUGGUGUUGGGUUGGCAAUGGUGAUCACCAGCGCCAUGGUGUCCAUAUAUUUCAACGUUGUCAUCAUGUACGCCGUCUACUACAUGUUUGUCAGCUUCGUCAACCUCGAUCACACAGUUCCCUGGGGUUCAUGUGGCAAUUCCUGGAACACCAACUCUUGCAGGACCGAUCCCUAUCCAGCGUUGUCGUCCAUGACCGAAGAUAACAAAACAAUCACUCUGUUGAACGUACUAUACAAACAGCCAUGUGUACACGGUCUCCUCAGCAACAUCUCCGACGUCUACAACUCCACCUUCAACAGCACCGACGACCUCCACUCGACUAUGAUCCAGGACGACAUCACCAAGACAUGCCUUAUCAAAUACACCACAGCAAGUGAAGAGUACUGGGAACGUUAUGUACUUCGUCUCCAUGAAUCUGAUGGCUUUGAGGAUUUGGGUGGCUUCAGUCUGAAGAACACCAUGUGCCUCUUUGUUUCCUGGCUCCUGAUCUUCGUCUGUCUAAAGAAAGGAAUCAAGUCAUCCGGCAAGAUCGUGUACUUCACCGCCACCUUCCCCUACGUCAUCAUGCUGGUGCUGCUGGUGCGGGGCCUGACGUUGCCAGGAUACGAGAAGGGCAUCGCUUUUUACAUGACACCCCAGGUCCACAGGCUGACAGAGGCCAAGGUAUGGGGGGAUGCAGCCACCCAGAUCGUCUACUCCCUAGGUCCUGGGUUCGGUGGCUUGUUGACCAUGUCCAGCUACAACAAGUUUAAGAACAACUUUGAACAUGAUACUCUCAUAGUAGGUAUCGUCAACUGUUUGGGGAGUAUUUUGGCAGGCUUCAUCGUCUUCUCCAUUCUUGGAUUCAUGGCCUACACAACCAAUCAGGAGGUCCAGAACGUGGUCGACCAAGGUCCUGGUCUCGCUUUCAUUGCUUACCCAGAAGGCAUUGCGAAACUUCCGCUGUCACCGCUGUGGGCCUUCCUGUUCUUCCUGAUGCUUGUGACCCUUGGACUUGACACUCAGUUUGUAGUAGUGCCGACAGUGUUCAGUGGAAUCACAGACAUAUUUCCCCGUUUCCUGCGUCCCCACCGAACAGCCUUCACUGCCACCUGCUGUCUGACUGGAUUCAUCCUCGGCUUGCCCCAGGUCACUAAGGGUGGUAUCUACAUGCUGACACUGAUGGACUGGUACAGUGGCAGCUACAACCUGAUGCUGGUCGCUCUGGCAGAGAUUGUCUGUAUCAUGUAUGUGUACGGUGUGAAACAGUUCAUGGGGGACAUUGAGAUGAUGAUUGGUCACAAGCCCAACCCCUACUGGGUCAUCAACUGGGUCUUCCUGACUCCCGUCAGCCUACUCUUCAUCAUGAUCAUGUCGGCCACUCAGUACACCCCCGCCAACUAUGGCGACUACAAGUUCCCGUCAUGGGCUGAGGUGAUCGGCUGGUGUAUGGCUGCUACUCCUGUUGUUGUCAUCAUCCUGGUUAUGGUGUUCUACAUCUACAAACUCGGACCUAGGAAAGCCUUCUCUCCAAAGAGCAGCUGGGGACCUGCCAACGAGGAAAACCGGACAGGAAGAUACUUCGUCAGUGCAAAUGUUCAUGGUACUUCUGGAGACGGCAUCGACGCCGAUAAUGAGAUGGAGAUGCCAUCAGUCGACGCCAACAGAGGAUCAUCCAAUCCUGGAUACUACAACGAUAGACUAUAA